CCUCGCUCGCCCUAAGAUCAUGAGCAAGGCGCUCGACACGACCGAGAAGACGGCGACGUACUCUACUGGUGGGGACGAGCCGAACGAGGCCGUCGUCGGCUACAUGCAGGCGCAAAUUGGUCCCGACUCGACCGACGACGAGCUGCUCGCGUACAUCAUCGACCCAGCCGAGGAGAAGGCGCUUCUACGGCGACUUGACUCGUUCAUCGCGCCCAUGGUGGCGAUCCUGUACCUCAUCUCCUUUCUCGAUCGGUCUAAUGUCGGCAACGCGGCCACGGGCGGCAUGUUCGACGAUAUCAACGCGCCGUCAAACGGCUUGAGCCUCGCCACGAGUCUCUUCUACUGCACCUACGUCACGUUCGAGCCGAUGUGGACGACUCUCCUCAAGUCGGUCCGCCCGAGCAUCCUCCUGCCUGCCGUCACCGUGGUCUGGGGCGGCGUCGUCCUCGGCAACGGCUUCAUCACCAACUUCCCUUCCCUCAUCGCCCUACGACUCGUGUUGGGCUUUCUAGAGAGCGCGUUAACCCCGUGCCUCUUCCUUAUCCUCACCUUCUUCUACUGCCGCAACGAGCUCGGUACUCGCACCUCGUACAUGUUCGUCUCGGCGGCCACGGCCGGCGUCGUCGGCGGCUUGAUCGCGGCAGGGCUUCUCAAGAUGGACGGCCUGCAAGGUUUGGCAGGUUGGUCGUGGCUGUACAUCGUCGAGGGCGCCAUCACUAUCGCGAUUGGCGCAACCAGCUACUUCUUCAUCGCCGACUCGCCCGAGACCGCCUGGUACCUCUCGCCGCGGCAGAAGCUCCUCACCCGUGUUCGCAAAGUUCAGAGCAAGCAGUACAACGGCGACGAGUCGUUCAGCUGGGUCGAGGUCCGCAAGGCCUUUUCUGAGCCCCUCAUCUGGGUCUCGGGCGCGAUGCAGCUCGGCUUCGACGUGACCCUGUACGGCGCCUCGACCUUUUUCGUCGUCAUCGUGCGCGGAUUCGGGUACUCUACCAUCGACUCGCAGCUCCUCACCGCGCCCAUCUACGCCUGGGCCGCCAUCGUCUACUUGACGUGCGCGCAUUUCGCCGACAAGAAAGACGUCCGGUUCUGGCUCAUCCUCCCGACCUGCCUCGUCACCUGCGUCGGCUACAUCAUCCUCAUUGCCGCCAAGGAGUCGACCGGAGCAAAGCUCUUUGCGUGCUUCCUCGUCGCGACCGGCGUGUACACCUCGGUCGGCCUCAACGUCUCCUGGAAUUCGGCUAAUAUCGCAGGCGCGAGGAAGCGCUCGACAGGCAUCGGCCUUCAGCAGCUGAUCGGCAACUGCGGCGGCAUCGUCGCCGGCCAAAUCUACCGGUCGCAGGACAAGCCAUACUACCGCCUCGGGCACGCCGUGUCGCUCGCGUCGAUGGUCUGGGGCAUCUCGUGGAUGCUCGUGUACCUCUACAUCGUCAAGAGCCGCAACGCCAAGAAAAUGGCGAUGACUGAGGAGGAGAAGGAGGAGCAGGACCGCAACGGCGUGACGGGCGAUCGCCACUGGUCGUUCACGUACGUCUUCUGAGACGAGAAGGGGGCGUACAUGGUGUCUUUGUCGGUCUGUGUGCAUCAGUGACCCUGUUUACAUUC